AAGUUGACGAUGCAGGUGACAUUUCAACAUUUCGCAGCGCUUGUUAAAACCCUUCCGCGGUUCGUCCGACUUCACAUCAUGUGUGUGUGGAGCUGGAGGCGCCACGUAGAGAGAACAGGUGUUUUAGUCAUUGAGAUUAUAUCCAAUUUAGAUAUACACACGUUCAGAUCAGAGCUCAGGAGAUGGGGUACUCAGAAAAAUGCCACGACCUAACUUACUAUGACAGGACUACUGCAACAUGUGUGCCGUGUGAAUUCAAACCAGGGCAUGCAGUCAAUCCUAACUGUGGCCGUGAUGACGCCGGAGGAAGGCACGAUGUACGGCACAGAAAAUGCGAGGACAACUUUUUCAAUGACGGCAGCAGAGCUCGGUGUGUACCGUGCACUUCAUGUCCGCCUGGAAGUAACGUUAUCAAGACCUGUAACUCAACUACUGACACGGAGUGUGAAAAGCCGAGAGGCUUGACCACAGAGGUUCCUGUCAAAAAUCAAACAAUCCAACACACUACGUUUACACCAACAGGGAGAGCUCUUACAACUACCUUCAACCCAACUCCAGCAGCUUCUAGUUCGGUUGUAAUAUGGGCAGUGCCAUUAACCAUCCUGAUUUGCAUCACGCUCUUGUUGAUAUCUGCUUACAUCAUCUACAUGAAGCGAAACCAAGGUCGACGCCCAGUACUGCAUUUCAGCAAAAGGUCUUCAUUGGCUAAAGAAGGAUUCGCUCCCCUCUCUGCUCCGGCCUGCAACAACGACGUUCUCAGUCCUGACAUCCUGGCAGCACCUUUACAGACAGUGCUGAACAACCUGGAUGUUUUGGAGGAGUUGGUGAUUUUGUUAGAUCCGGAGAGUCGAUUAGUGAAAAACACCAAGCACCUAGCAUCGCAGUGCUCCUUCCCCUCCACCUGGAUCACUUACACCUACUCCAUGAAGGACAGCCAGAGCCCCCUGAAGGCCGUGCUGGAGCGGGUCACCAGCAGCAACCCUGACUGGACAGUGGGACACCUGGCCAAGCUGCUCAGUCAAAUGGAGCGCAAUGAUGCAAUCGCCGUUCUCGCCCAACUCGAACUGCCCGAUUCACCCGUGUAGUCUUCCUGCACUGGUGACUUCAGAGAUGCAGCCUGCAAAAAUGUAAUCAUUCCUGUGAGAUGAACACUUUUAAAUGUUAACUUCUAACUCAAAGAGACAAUGGAAAAGGUGAGGUACAACUCCGGUUCUGACCACAUUUGAUUUUGUCCUGAGUGAGUGAGAAAUGUCAAAUGGCUCAGAUGGGCAGCGUCGAUACAAAGAUACUGCCAUGUCUGAUUAGCUGCCGCUUUUGUCCACAGGUGCCUUCUCUCUGCAAGCUGAGCUGAUGACUAGGACUUUGUUUUGAAACUAUAAAUUCAUGACAAGUUU